CACCACAAUCUAACAUUACAUAAAACAAAAACAACACUAUCAAACAAGACUCUUGUCUGUUCAAAAAAAAAAAACAAGGCUCUUGUAUUUCUGGAAUCAUCAUCAUCAUCAUCAUCAUCAGGUGGGUGCUCUCUUCCAGGUGGGUGAGUGAUGAAAGCUCUUGCUAGUUCCUCUUGGUCCAAGAUUGGUUUUGGAAGGAAUGGAGAUACAGGGUUCUACUCUAAUAGACGUGAUAUUAGCUUUGCUCCAUCCAAGAAGCUUACUAAUGUUUGGUUCCUUCAUUUGAUAUGUCUCGAACGCAAGCCUUUGCCUCCAAUUCGUGCAUCUACUCCUCCUUCUCUGUCACCGCAAUCCCAGACUGAGUUGGAGGUAGCACAGACCAAAAACCAAGAAUCGGAUCAAUCAAAGACUGUUCAUGUCAAAAUCCAGCUAAACAAAGAGUGUUCCUUCGGUGAACAAUUUGUUGUUGUGGGGGAUGAUCCAAUUUUCGGCAUGUGGGACCCUGAAAAUGCAAUUCCAUUGAACUGGUCAGAUGGUCAUGUUUGGAUUCUUGAAUUGGAUAUACCAAUUGGACAAACCAUCCAAUUCAAAUUCAUACUAAAAGAAAUAACUGGGAAGAUUUCAUGGCAACCUGGUCCAGAUCGAGUUUUAAAAACAUGGGAAACUAAUAAUACGAUUGUUGUUUGUGAAGAUUGGGAGGAUGCUACAUUCCAGAAAUUACUAGAGGAAGAACCAAAUUGUAAUCAAAAUGAGGAGCCUACUGAUAACUCAGAAAUGCUGAUUGUUGCUGAGAAUUUGACUAUUGUUUCUGAGAACUUGACUGUUCAAAAUGAGGAAUUCGUCGCUAAUGUAAACAAUGGAGCAGUCACUGCCAAUGUUACUUCUCUCUCAGCAAAGGAACCAUUAUCAUCGGAUCAUGAGAAAUCAUUCAUUACUGAAGACCUUUCCUCUUCACAAGAGAAGAAUAUAGCUAUUGUUGAUGAUAAUAGCGGUAACUCAAAGGCGGAUCCUGCUGUGAGUUCAAGUCAUCAAAAGCUAGGUGAAAAGAUAAUUAAUCACGAGACAGAUGGGAAUGAGGCUCUCGCAGAAGAAAUGCUUGGACGCAACGGAAAAGCUCCAAUAUGUGAGAAUUCAGUAGGUACGGAUAUCGAGGAAAAUCUGAUUAAUCAUGUAGGAGAGCCUGUUCUAGUACCUGGGUUACCUCCAUUAUCAGUGGAUUCCAGCGAACCAGAAAUUCAAGAUGAAGACGAGAGAAGUAGCUCCUUCGUUGCCUCAGUUGGAGCAGUUGAAGUUGAGGAUCGAAAUCCACCCGAGUUAGUAGAGAAGCGUGACACCGAAGAUGAACCACACGGAAUAGAAAUGACUGAGGUGUUCAGCAAUGAGGAGCAGGUUCUCAACAAACUCGAGCAAAAGCCAUUGCCCGAUGACGAAAAUCAGCACGAACUGAACCCAGUUGAAGAUAAUGUCGCGCAAACUGACAUUCGAUGGGGACGCAGAACAAUACAGAAGCUACUAACUAAUUUAGGAUUUCUGUAGCAUCAAAUUACAGCAGCAAUUUUAUUCAAGUGCCUGUAACAGUGCUUCUUACUCAACCUGCGAGAUUUUAAGUGGCUUGGAAUACAAGAGGGAGCGAAAUCAUCUUGCUACUCAUUCAUGUUAUUGAUUUAGUCAUUUCUGUUUUGAUUGCUCAAGUUUCUGUAACUCCUGAUGCUUUAUACUGUUAUGUAUAGAAAGAGAUGAUUUUGUCUUUUUUUUUCUUUUUCUAGUACAAUGAAAUUGAGAUGUAGAAUGGUUUUUGUUACUUGUGCCUGUUAAUGAAAUGAUGCUGAAAUUUUCAGCUGAAUGCUCUGAUUGUUGCA